CCCUUUAUCAAACUCCACAGUCCUGCUGAAGUCUACAGCUGUACAGUCCUCUCUCUUCGUGUCCUCUCCUGACAAGCGGACAGUCAACCAUCAUGUAUUUCUCCCAGAGCAUCAACAGCGGUCCCUCUGUGAUCACCAGGCAGAGCCGCAGCUACACAUCAAGUGGUGCACCCCACAAGGCUCACAGUGUGUCUGGACUCAGCUUCAGGGGAGGGCCUCGCAUCUCCUCCAGCAGCGUGCGCUCCGUCUCCUCCGGGUAUGGAGCCAUGGGGUAUGGCUUUGAUCUGUCCAACGCUCUGGACCAGAGCACCGUGCAUCUGAACGAAAAGGCCACCAUGCAGAACCUGAACGACCGUCUGGCCUCCUACCUGGAGAAGGUCCGCUCUCUGGAGGCGGCCAACACCAAGCUGGAAAAGCAGAUCAGAGAGUACUACGAGCAGAAGGGCCCUGCAGCAGAGAGGGACUACAGCAACUACUGGGCCAUUAUCAAUGACCUGAAGGACAAGAUCAAUGCCGCCACCAUCGGCAAUGCCAACAUCCUGCUCCAGAUUGACAACUCCAAACUGGCUGCUGAUGAUUUCAAGAUCAAAUUUGAACAUGAGCUGAUGAUGCGCCAGUCAGUCGAGGCUGACAUCGCCAACCUGCGCCGCCUGCUUGACCAGACCACCCUGACAAAGGCUGACCUGGAGAUGCAGAUCGAAGGCCUGCAGGAUGAGCUGGCCUACCUCAAGAAGAAUCACGCAGAGGAGCUGGAGGCACUGCGCUCUCAGCUUACUGGCACAGUCAACGUGGAGGUUGAUGCUGCACCCCAUCAGGACCUCAACAAAGUCCUGGAUGAGAUCCGUACCCAGUACGAAGCCAUUACUGACAAACAUCGUCGCGACCAGGAGUCCUGGUUUAAUGAUAGGUCGACAGCCCUGACCAAGGAAGUGGCCAUGAGCACAGAGUCAAUCCAGACGUCCAAGACAGAGAUGACUGACCUGCGGCGCACACUGCAGGGCCUGGAGAUUGAACUGCAGUCUCAGCUCAGCAUGAAAGGGGCGCUGGAGAACACGCUAGCAGAGACAGAGAAUCGUUACAGCGCCAUGCUCGCCGGCUUCCAGAACACAAUCAACAUGCUUGAAACAGACCUAGCCAACGUGCGAGCCAGCAUUGAGCAGCAGGGCCAGGAAUACAAGAUACUGUUGGACGUCAAGACCAGGCUGGAGCAGGAGAUCGCAACCUACAGGAGCCUGCUGGAAACAGAGGAGUCCAGGUAGACACAUUGACCCAUUGGUACAGGGAGCUCAAAGACCACAGUCAUAACCAGCACUGUGCGCACUUCCAGCUAGGAGGUCUAACUGGCAGGACAAGUUGUUCUCGGACACACACACACACACACACACACACACACACACAUCAAUAAAAGCUGUUACACGAGAUGAGUUAAACUGUAAUGAAAAAACCUGAGAUAUGUUGAACGUGAAGCCCGUGUUAAAGUUGAUAUAUGAAACAACAUUUGCAAUCCAGAAGAAGAAAUGUCUGAUGUACUUUGUGUGUUUGUGCGUGUGUGUAACCUGUCUGAAAAAUAAAUCUGCUGGUGAAUGUAA